CAAAUACAACAAAAUCUAUAGGAACAUAUUUUUCAAAAACCAAAUAACAUAUAUAGGAAGCCCGAGAAAAUGGGGAUAAUGGUCAACUUUUUGAAUGCCCUGCGAAAGGUGCGACUCAAACUGUCCAUGGAGAACUUUGUCAGCACCAACCAGGCGGUAAAAAGCUUAGGAUCGGCCAAAUUUUGUGAUAAGGAUAACGAGUGGAUAAACGAUUCCAAAGAGGAUAUCGAUGAUAUAGAGGCAAUCCCUCAAAGGACACCACCCGGAUCCGAAAUGCUCUGGCAGAAUAUCAAGAGGGUGCUGCUCAUGUGCGGUGGUCAGAGGAAACCCGGCGGCGUUGAGGAUGAGAAGCGGAUGAAGGACUCGUGCCGGCUGGUCGAUGUCCUGGAGGCCCAGAGAUUCGUUAGCCAGGUAUUCGCCGCCAUGCAGGUGCCUAAACAAGCGGCCAGUGAAAUGGCUGAUGCCCUGAUAGCCGCCGAUUAUAUGGGCCAGCGUUCCAUGGGCAUUCAUCGAUUGCCGGCCAUUGCAGCGGAUCUUCUGAAUUGCACCGUUGUGGGUGAUGCCACACCGGGAAUUGUGUCCGAAAAGAAGGCCAUCGCACUGGUAGAUGGCCACAAUGCUCCUGGUCCGGUGGUGGCCAAUUUUUGCAUGGAUCUGGCCCUGCAAAAAGCCAGGGAAGUGGGCAUUGGAUGGGUUUCCGCUCGCAGCUCUAACUGCAUCGGAUUCGCCUCCUGGUAUGCCUGUCAAGCUCUGGAACAGCGAAUGAUUGGUCUUUGCAUGACGAAUGGAGCUCCCACUCUGGUGCCUGCGGGAGGAAUCGAACCCAUAUUGGGGGAAAAUCCAAUUGCCUGUGCCGCUUCCGGUGUCCAUGAACAAUUCCUGGCCGAUUUUGGUAUGGCUGCAUGUUCGGUGGAGGAACUGGAGCUAUCCUAUUGCAAUGGCUGGUCAAAGGAAGUGCCCAAAUUAGUGGCUUUGGAUAGGAAUGGCCGGGAGACCACCUGCACAGAGGAGGCUUUGAGGGCCCAACGGAUCCGAGCCUUUCAGCCGGAGCACAAGGGUUUCGGCAUGGCCGCCAUGGUGGACAUUUUGUGCGGUGUGAUGACAGGUGCUCGAUAUGCAAAUCAAAUCCAGCGACGUGGAGUCUAUAGUACGGAAAAUGCUCCAGCGGAUUUGGGCCAAGUUUAUGUGGCCAUCGAUCCGAUGAGAUUUUGUCCCUCUUUCGAGGACCGACUGGGUGAUUUCCAUCGGCUGUUGAGACAGGCGAUGCCCAACAAGGUGGGAAAAUCGGCGAUGGUGCCGGGUGACAAGGAGAUGGAGCACAUGCAAAUGGUCGACGAACAGGGCGGACUCACCAUGUCACCUUGCACCCUGUGCGUUCUCGAGGAACUAGCCACAAAGUUCGGCAUCGUCCCUCUAAAGAUGAAGGGCAAUAAACCAAGUGGGGAUAGUUUUUCUGAAGAACUGAAUUUGGCAUAAACACCGACGUUUAAUCUUGAAAAGCGAAGCCUUUUUUAAUUUACUUAA